AUGCCUUUGUUGUUGAUGCUGUCUGUCACUUCUCACUAUGUUUCUCUGUUUCUCUUUCUGUUUCCCUCUCUGUCUCUCUCUGUCUCUGUUUCCCUCUCUGUCUCUCUCUGUCUCUGUUUCCCUCUCUGUCUCCUCUCUCUCUGUCUCUCAACUCUCUCAUCUCCUCUCUCUCUCUCUCAACUCUCUCAUCUCCUCUCUCUCUCUCUCAACUCUCUCAUCUCCUCUCUCUCUCUCAACUCUCUCAUCUCCUCUCUCAACUCUCUCUCGUCUCUCUUGUCUCUUCUCUCUCUCUCUCUUUUUUUCCAACAAAAGUUGACAAGUCGUUCGUCCGUCCAGUCGGUCAAUCGAUGCGACCCGACCUUGCAUGCAUUUGUUUUCCUUGAGGGGACGUUUCCGACCUCGUUUCAUCCCUGUGUGAGCCAGCGUCAAGGGCGCUCCAAGCAGGCCAAGCCUAGUCCCCCAGCACUUGCAACACCCCGUCUCUCCGAUGUCCUCGCAACCGAGCAACCGUCCCAAUACCAGCCCGCCAGUCUUAUUCCUGCGGGCAAAGAUGGAUCGGACCUUGAUAAUAGCGCGGAUGCUUCGCUCCCAGAGUCCAAGAGCAUAACGCGGCGCCUAGCCUCCAGUUUCAAGCGUCGCUCGCGCCGUUCCCAAAAGUCACAUUCCGAUCCCUUUCCCCACGUGUAUGGGUUUCACGUCGAAGGCAAUACCCCCAACGUUCUCCGCCUUGGCUUGGAGAACGGAGCCCCCGCUUGGGUCUGCCAGGACGAGAAUCACGGGCCGUUGUCAGUCAUCGUCACGACCACCGACGUCGAUGCCCUCAGUCACUUGGAGCUCGAGGCGCUCAAGGAUUUCAUGCGUCAUCACGUGCAAGAGCUCUUCGAUCACGACAUUUCUGUCGAAGAUCCUCAAGCCGCGCCAGGCCGCCAUAGCUAUGGCCGCCACGGCACCUUGCAAGCCUUUUUUCGGCACAUUGUCGGCGGUGUUCGCAGUGGUUCAGACAGCUCCUCAGGUGACAGCUUUAGCCCCGGCCACCGCCGUCGAGGUUCCUCCACGCAACACAACGAGGCUGGCUAUGUCACUGGCAAGCCCCUCGAUAAGCUCAUCAACGAGGAUCGCCGCAAGCACGCGGACAGCCGUCUCGUCAUGCCCCACUGCGUAACACAAAUGAUUCAAUAUCUUGCCGCCAACGGGCUGAAAAGCAUCGGCCUUUUUCGCGUCAGCGGAUCCACGCGCCGCGUUCAUGAGAUGGCACAGGCUUUGGAUCGCGGCGAGGAGCUUGACUUUGCCAGCACCAACCCCAUUGAGGUGGCCGCUCUCCUCAAAUACUUUCUUCGUCUGCUUCCCGAUCCAUUGCUACCCACCCAUCUCUACGCCCUCUUUACACGCGCAUCGAGUCUCCCCGAGCUUCAGCAGCUGCAGGCGCUACAGGCAGCCUGCCUACUCCUACCUAACAGCCACCGUCGCCUCUUACGUGCCCUGCUCAACCUCCUGGACCUCGUUGCGCGCUCAGCCUCUGGUGACCAUGGCAAUCAAAUGGAUGCCACCAAUCUGGCUGUGGUAAUGGCACCCAACCUCUUGCAGGCCUCGACCGCGCCUCCCUCUCGCACGUCAAGCGUUGGAGAUGCGGCCAGCCUUCGUGACGAUGAGGCUGUGCGGGCCAUGCAACUGCUCAUCACGCACAAUGACCGCCUCUUCCAUGUUUCAGCCACCAUGCGCGAUGCUUGCCUGCAAUUUCAUCGCACUGCUUCACCGCAACUGGUGCACAUCCUUCUCAAGGGCAUGGUGGACCCCGUGAGCGCCUCUCGCACGUCCAGCGUGCAUGGUCUUGGUCCCAUGGCGAGCCUACGCCCCUCCAACCCCCCACGGCCCUCGAGUGCCCCACGGCCCUCGUCCUCUUCGCCACGUCCGUCAUCCCCAUUGACGCGGGCCAACUCUCCGGCUUCGCCCAGCGGUUCCACGUACCACCUGGGUGCUACGAGCCCCAUCCCACCUCCGGAUCGUCCUCGCUUGCAGUCGGCUGAAUUUGCUGGGCUCGACACAGCUUCUUUAGCCAGUCUCGAGCGAGCAUGGAAUCAGGCCUUGCGGCAAGCGUCUCCGGAUCCCCGCACUCGGGCCUACCGUUCCGUGUCUGCUCACACCAGUCCCGCACAGCGCCGUGCGUCGGCGGGACACACCAAUGGAACUUGGGAGCCAAUGGCACCGAACGACCGUUUCAGCAGUCGACGAAGCAGCUCUCAGCACGCACCUGGCACCCCGCCUUACACGCCGAGCCGCUAUGCCCCAGUUGCGGAUGCGCCUUCGCUGCACGUCUCGGAGGUGCUGGCCUCACCGGAGGGGGCGCCAAUGACACCGGAACGCCAUGCUCCUUCUCAUCCAAGCACGCCCAUGUCUGGACCCUCCGCUUCCGCCUUGGGCGUUCGCUUGGGCGGUACACCGGAGUUGGUUGUGGAGCGCUCCCAGUCGCUGGCAAGCCGCCCCACCUCCAGUCAAUCCGGUGGCUCACGCCGCUCAUCUGGGGGUGGAAUGCCCCGUGCCAGAUCCCACCACGAUCGGCGUUCUCGUCCCCCCAGCUUCAAGCUCGACUCUGCUGGGGAGGGCCACGAGUGGCGGCCGCGGAGCCGCGAGGGUCUCACCCGCGGCCGCUCCUCUGGUGGCCUCGUCUUACAAAACAGCACCUUUGUGUAG